AUUAUUACUAAUGGGUUUAAUAUGGAUUGCUCAAAUAAUUGAAAUUCUUUUAGAUUCUAGACCUCUACACCAUUCUUAUGAUUCUAUGUUUAGAUCUGAUGAUGUUGGUAUAGAAACCAAAGAAGUAUUGCAAUGGGAAGCAGUAGCAGUCGUUCACAACCUGGGCAAGUCAUAUCAGCAUCACCCCCGGAAAAAAAACCUGAGGAGCUGUAUAAUGGCCCAGAAGCACAAUAUCAGUUUAUCAAUGUGGAAGUCCAGAUGGCAGCAAAAGUGACCAUAGGUGCUUUGAAUAUGGUAACAAGCAAUGUUGAAGCUUAUUACCCAUUAUUGGCUGCUCAGUAUGAGCAAGGUUUUAGACUGCUGACAUUUUAUCAUAUCCCAGGCCAGGCCCAAAGAACUGGCGGAUUUUUUUCAUAUGGUGUACUAAUGCCAUUUCAAGGAAUAUUUUGUCGAUAUCCACAAGCACCUAGCGAAGGUAGAUUUAGACUUCAUAUAGAAAAAUCCACAAUUCAACCACAACUUGUUUGGACUGGUGCUCUCACCAAUCGCUCUCAGACUCACACUGAUAUAAGUCAUCUGUUUCAAACUAUUGCCAACUGCACUCAGAGUGGAGGUAGAUUAAUAUGUUUAGAAUUAACUGGCCAAGAAGAAGUUCAUUACUCAUUCUCAAUGCCUGCAAGGAUGCCAGUCAUGGGAGUUGAUCUAUUUUUUGAAAUGCCGCUGGAUGGUCCUCAAGAAACCUACAUGUACAAUAUAGUUUCUGUCCCAAUAAAUGUGACCAUCACUGCAGGCUUCAGACCAACCCCAAAAGUGCAGUGUGAUUGGGCAGGGGUUAUGUCCCAGAAUCUUGGAAUGGGGUUUAGACUUGUUGAAAUAUUCAUGGAUGGCACACAAUCCACACAGAGUUCAGGGUUUACUGGGUAUGUACAAUCAAACAGUCAGUGGUUUUUUGAAAAACCUGCCUCGCGUGCCAAUGACUCGACCCCAAUCUAUCAGGGAAAAGUUGUGGAACACUUUAUAAAGAUUUCAACAUCUGGAUUCUCUGGUAUGAAAACAACAACCAACUGGGAACCAGUCAUUCAGGAGAACGGUAAAGCUGGUUGGGAGUUGGCGUGUAUCCUAGAGACUCCAGAACAGGUCGUCAAAGGCCUAGCAACUAUAUACAUGAAAGUUAUUCUCUUUUUUCAGAGGAAAAUUUUGUUAUAAGGUUUUCUAAAAAAAUUUAUUUUAGAAUAAAAUGAAAUCACACUCAUUUGUUUUAAACCUUAGAGAAAAUGUUAUUCAUUCCUUUGUAAAGGCUCCUUUUUAAAGUAUCUAUUUUAUGAGAUUAUUUGACAUCUUGUGUGCAUUUUAAUGACCUUUUACAUAUAAAUUGUGAAUAUGUUAAUGUAUUUUUCCCACUGUAAAGGUGACUGAAAUUAUCAGAGAGAAAUGACCUUUAAUUAUCAACUCAUUAAUAAAAAUUAAAGCUGAUUAAAAGUUUAUUCUGAAACACACUUCUUAAAUGAUUUGAAAUUUUAAGCCUCUCAUAUUUGGGAAUAUGUUAACAUAAAACUCCAAGUAUUUACACUUUAUCCUGUAUCUGAACUGACAUAUUUUUCUAUGUGCUCAAAAAUAUUUCCAUUCACUUGAAGCAUUGAUUUAUGUAUAUAAAUCUCAUUCAGUUUUGUUAACAACUUUCUUUACUUGAUAUCAGUGAACUUUCUCAUAUGCAAAUAAUUGCAGGCAUGUAUUUGGCAGGGUGGGUGGUUUUGUUUUUACUGCUAUUUUUGUUAAUCCAAGCACAGUAACAACUACUUUUUUUUUACUAUUGCUAUUUAUUGGUAUUUAGAUUUCUCCAAAUCUCUCAGGAUAUACAUAUUAAUUUAUGCAACCUAAUUUUUUUGUUGAGAUGUUUUACUAUAUUCCAGUUAUUGUUAAGAACAGCUUACAAGUUGUUAAGGAAUGUGAGGGAUUUAUUCUUUGUCCAAUUCUGUCUGUGAAUAACAUUGUUAAAAACUUAAUUCAACUUCAACUUCAAUAGUUGAAAAUACAAUGACCACUAAAAGUUUUACCUUGUUAAUGUAAAUAGUUUUCAUUUUUGUGAUACCUAUCAACAUACAACAGUUUUUUGUGUUGUUUUUACUGAGAAAACUUUCAUGUUUUCUAUUUCAUUUUAUACCUAUUGAAAAAGUCAUAUUUAUUUUUGUACACUAAUUUUUGUUUCAAUUUUCAAAAACUAAAAAUGUUGCAUUAAUUAUUUUUAAUGUAUUUACUAUUGAUUUUCAUAAUAAAAAUCUUAAAAAUACGAUGUUUUAAGUCAACUACUCCCACAUAGUGAUGAAAAGUGCCUGCAUUUGUCAUUUUAUAAAAAUGGAUCUACCAAACUCUUGAACAACUGCUUUCAUUUUAUCAUGGUAAACAUUUUUAAUGAAGCUGAAUCUCUUUAUGUAUAUAUUUGACUGUUCUGUUAAAAAAUAACUAUUAAAAUAAAUAUAGUACUUUUUCUGUAUCUUGAGAUUUUUCACAAUGGCGUGGUAAAAAUGUACAUAGG